UAACCUCAAGGAGGCAUGUGACUUGCAGCUCCGUCUGCAGUCAUGCGCUGCUUCCCGGCUCCUUAUGUCUGCUUCGGUGAGACGCGCCUGUAAUUAAAGCUCUGUCCGAAAGUGCGCACGGGCUCAGCCGAAGCCGCAAACAUGGACUGCGGGAUAAUGACCUCCAAACUGAUCCUUUUGCUCCUCAGCUUGGUGUUCUGGGCUGCCGGAGCUGCUCUGACUUAUGUGGGCGUCUCCGUCAUAAAGAGCUACAAUAACUAUGAGCACUUCUUUGAGGACCAGUACACCUUCAUCCCUGCUGCUAUCAUCGUUGCAAUCGCGGUGCUGAUGUUCAUCGUCGGUUUCGUGGGUUGCUUCGCUACUCUGACAGAAUCCUGUUUCGGGCUGGGAUUUUUCCUACUUGUUCUCCUGGUCUUCUUUGCUGGGGAGAUCACUGCUUUAGUGUUUGGAUUCAUCUACAGGGGAAAGAUAAAGGAUGACCUGGAGCACACAAUGACCGGGGUGUUCCAGAAGUACGAUGGCCAGAACUCAGAGACGCGGGCAGUAGACUACCUGCAGACUCAGCUUCAUUGCUGUGGAGCGAAAAACUACACUGACUGGAGAAACACGACCUGGUUCUCCACCAACCACACAGUGCCCCUGUCCUGCUGUGCGACCCACAACUCUGGCUGCACAGGUCGGCUGGACCAGCCAACACUGCUCAACACACUGGGAUGUGAGUUCAAGCUGGUACAGCUGCUGCAAGAUGCAAUCAGCUAUGUGAUGCUAGUCGUCGUGGGCUUUGCCAACUUUAAGCUAUUCGGAGUGGUCAGCGUGUGUGUGAUCACUUGUAGGGAUCGCCAGAGACACUACCUGCCACUAUAGACCAGAAACUAUGGACUCUGUCUUCUGGAUCGCAGGGUGUCUGUAUUCUGGUUUUAUGUCUGACUGCGCAGAAUCUUGUUUUCCUGGCACCCGCCCACCAGCAAGCUGUAAUCAUGAAACUAGAACUAAAGUAAUGACAAGUGUAUAUUUUUAUUACCAUAAUACUUAAGCAUAACAAGCUAUGGAGAAGGAGUGUGUUUUGUAAGUGUCUAUGCUCUGGUAGCUUCAACUGCGCGUUUAUUUUUUGGUGUGAGAAUGUUAGGUCUAAACUUGCUGUAUGAAAUGAGAAAAACCUGCACCUUUCCAUUUGCUUUCCAUGUAGUUGUUCCAUAAUUAAAUACAAUUAAAUACCAUGAACAUUUUUAAUCUGUAUGCAAUAAAAUGUAAUUAUUGGUAGUUUUUCAAAAUACUGAAA